AUGGCCACUCAAAUCCACGGGGAGAUUGUCCACUUGAGCCCGGUCAAGUCUGCCAACAAAGUUUGGGAAGUCAUGGCGACCUGUCUUGAUACAAGAGAGAAAAAUCAAACAAUUACCGAAUUCAUCUUCCUGGGAUUUUCGAACCACCCUGACAUGCAAGAAUUGUUCUUCCUGGUGUUCUUAGUCAUUUACCUGAUAACUAUUCUGGGAAAUACCCUCAUAAUAACUGCAGUCACGGUCAAUCCUGUCCUUCACACUCCCAUGUAUUAUUUCCUUAGCAACUUGUCCUUUGUAGACAUCUGCUACACCUCCACCACCGUCCCCACAAUGUUAGUGAACUUCUUCCGAGAGAAGAAGACCAUUACCUACGAAGGCUGCCUGUCACAGCUCUUCUUCCUCGUUACCUGUGCGGGUACUGAGGGUGUCCUGUUGGCUGCUAUGGCUUAUGACAGAUUUGCAGCCAUUUGUCACCCGUUACGCUAUCCAGUCCUCAUGAGUAGGAGGGUCUGUGCAUAUCUAGCAGCCGGGUCCUGCUUGUGUGGUUUGCUGAAUUCUCUGGUCCACACAGGACUUGCAACAACUCUGGUUCUGUGUAGUUCCAAUGAGAUCAGCCAUUUUCUCUGUGACAUUCCCCAGCUACUGAAACUCUCUUGCUCAGAUACUUCUGCCAAUGAGAUUGCACUCUACGUGGCAAGUGUCUUCAUUGAUCUGAGCCCCUGCCUGUUCAUUGCUGUGUCCUAUAUGCUCAUUAUCUCUGCCAUCCUGAAGAUCCAGUCUGCUCAAGGGAGGCACAAAGCCUUCUCCACCUGCGCCUCUCACCUCACUGUGGUGGUCAUCUUCUUUGGAACUGCCCUCGUCAACUAUGACCGACCCAGCUCAGGCUACUCCCUGGAUGUGAGCAUCCUUGUCUCUUCCCUCUUCUGUAUUGUUACCCCUAUGUUAAAUCCUAUCAUCUACAGCCUGAGAAACAAGGAAAUCAAGGGUGCUAUAAGGAAACUGGCAGGAGAAUGGAGACACAGGCAGGAUGGCAGCCCCGAAGGCAGGCUCUGGAACGCAGCGGGGUCUGCGGCAUUCACCAAACGGUUAAUUUCAGAAAAGGCAGCCAUUUCCACCAGCUGCUUAAGAGAGCCGGCCGCCCUCGGGAGCCCAUCAGCCAAUCAGGCAGCAAAGGCAGGGAGAGUGUGCGAUUACCAUUCAUUCUCUCCUUUUGCAUCCUCUCGGGGCUUAUUCCUUAUACAUGAUUAUAUCCUCAUCAGCUCUAACAGGACUGCUGUUUCCCGGGGCAGAGCAACUCUGUUGCCUGAAUGUCCUGGGGGAGAAAAUUCCACCGGGACCGAUGAUUACCAUGCUGUCAUGGAGGAGGCGGGCCGAAGAAGCCAGGGCGGAAAGCGAUUCGCCGACUGCUCUUUGGGAGAGCCAAUAGCAGGUCGGAUGAAGGCUCUCCCUGCCCGGCGCUGCUGGAUUGUUUAA